AACAAAGAUGGCUGCAUCAAUACUGAAGGUUGCAGGUCUCUCGAGGUGUGCAUGGCACGCUUUACCCUCAGUGAGGGCAUUGUCUCUGUCUGUGCCCGUCAGUCAAGGUGUUCCUCAGUCAUUGUGGAAGUUAGGCAGGUUGAAUCAUGUGGCCAUCGCAGUACCAGACCUAGAGAAAGCCACAGCACUGUACCGCGAUGUGCUGGGUGCUCAUGUGAGCGCUACUGUGCCUCUCCCAGAGCAUGGCGUGUACACUGUGUUUGUGGAACUGGGCAACACCAAGCUGGAGCUUCUGCACCCCCUGGGAGAGAAAAGCCCCAUAGCAGGAUUCCUGAAUAAAAACAAAGCUGGUGGGAUGCAUCAUAUCUGUAUUGAGGUUGAUGAUAUCAAUGCAGCAAUAGUUGAUUUGAAGGCAAAGCAAAUCAGGCUGCUCUCCCCGGAGCCACGAAUAGGAGCACAUGGCAAACCUGUGAUGUUCCUCCACCCUAAAGACUGUGAUGGAGUUCUUGUGGAGAUAGAACAAGCAUAGAUAUUACACAUGUCCCAAGUGGUUACACUAUCUAGCAAAUAGUGACACUCAGUUUAAAACAUCUGAUUAGGUUAUUAAAUUUUUACGUAAGCUGAAGUUAUGCAAGUGAUGUUUGAAAGUAAAAUGGGAUGUUUCCACUUUCCGUCAUUGUUACUCUCUCGUUGUGUGUUUGAUUUUCAUGGAAUUUUCCCUUAUUGUUUCACUGAUAAUUAUUUAUUACUUUUUGAUUAAAAUAAAUAUUUAGUUUGAGUUAGUUGAGAAUUUUCCUGUCCCAUUUACAAAAACAAACACACUUAAAAAUCUCCUGCCAAUUAGGUUUUCUAUGAAGCACUUAAUAUAUUUUAUUAAUAAAGAUGCAUCAUGAAAUAUUACAA